AUGCAGGAAUUUCUGACCGCCUACUGGCCGGUGCUCUUCGCCUUCGCAACAAUGGCCCUCAUGUCCGUGGUGGAUUACCACGAGUGUGUGUGGCCCCCCAAACUGGAGUUAACUGGCAUGCAAGCCGUGCAGUUCAUGAAAGCUCCAGUGUGGCUGUGCACUGGCUUACCGACCUUAGCCCUGGUGCCGCUCCUGGCCCGAGCCUCUUCCAAGUAUGGCUUGAGCCUGAAGGACCGGACCUCUCUCAUGUGGUGGCACGUGAACCUGUUUUGGUUUCACACCGGCUGCGACGUCUUCAGCGGCUACUACCAGGUCAUGCCUGUGCUGACCGAGCUAUACACGCGAAUGAGUCUGCUGCUGAG